AUGGUUCAUGAGCUCGUCGAAAGACUCGAAGUUGCCGGCGAGAUUGAGAAUACCUACAUUUUCUACUCAACGGAUAAUGGAUAUCACAUUAGUCAACAUCGAAUGCAUCCUGGAAAAGAAUGCGGUUACGACACUGACAUUCACAUACCCAUGUUCGUUCGUGGACCUGGCCUUGUGGCUGGUGGUGAAGUCGACUCUGCAACCUCGCACACCGACAUCGCUCCAACAAUUCUCAAGAUCGCGGGAGCAGAACGACAGCUUGAUGGAGAAGCUAUGCCCUGGGCAGGUGAAGUGGCCCAAACCAGGAAUGAACAUGCCGCCAUUGAGUUCUGGGGCUGGGGAGCUCCCGAAGGCCACUAUGGAUCGCGCAGUGAUGAGCACUUUGAGUCUGGCAAGCUAGAAGGUUUGUACCUCAACAACACGUAUAAAGGUCUCCGUCUGGUUGGGAAAAGCUUCAAUCUUUACUAUUCGGUGUGGUGUACAGGAGAGCGGGAACUUUUCAAUCUGAAGGAUGACCCCGAGCAAACCGUCAACCUGCUUUCCGACACAUCUCAGGCUUUGAUCCUGGUUGAAAACUUUGAAUUUUCUGGCAGAGGAGCUUCCGAGGUCGUUCAUCGCCUUGAUGCUGUCAUCAUGGCUCUCAAAGAUUGUGAGGGCCGACGUUGUUCCCGGCCUUGGUCAGCUUUGCACCCCGACGGAGACAUCGUGUCUCUCGAGCAAGCUUUGGAUACUAAGUACGACGACUUUUACAAGGCGCAACCUAAAAUGUAUUUCGAAAGUUGCGAGGCAGCCUUCAUCAAGGAGAGAGAAAGCAAUGAGCCUGUCAACCAAUACGGCGGUGACGCUCGGCCUGAGUAUGAUUAUGGCGAUGAGUGGAUCCUAGCCAUUUAG